UCGAAGUCAUAAUGUUUUUAUUUUAUACACGUUUUAACUAAUGCUUCGAGAAAACAUGGAUCCUAGAAGUACAGAGCAUCACACCAGCGAUAUAGACGUCCAGAAAAAAAUGGAGGAUGAGCAUUUACGUUUACAGAGACAAAUUCGCAUGAUACAGACAGACAGGCAACACCGCUCACUGGGAGUCCAUCCUCAGUUCAGACGUCAAGAUCAUCUUCUACGGACUCUUAAAAAGGAAUACCUUAACCUUUAUAAAGAUCUUAAGAUAGCAAGGUCGGGGGCCCAUAAAAAGAAUGACAAAAAGAUGAAGCAAGAAUUGACUGGAGCCUUACUAUCUCGCACGGAGAAAGAUGAAAAAUGCGAAGAAAGCUUGAUUCUCAUGGAGCAACUGCAUGAACUGCUUCGCCGGAAGAAGAAGGAAUUGCUUCGCAUCAAUAAAAAAGUCGUUGCUAAUAACGGAGAGCUGGAAGUACGCAGAUGUCUCAGUGAAAACAGAUUAUCAUCCGCUGAGAACAAGCUAGAAGUGGCUAUGUUGAGGUUCAACGAAGUACAAUGUGAAAACAAAAAGGUCAGGCAGGAAAUCGAGCACAUGUUGAAUGAUAGAGCACUUUUUAAUCAAUCGUGGACCAAAAUGAUGUCGGCUCUAAACAAGGGCAAGAAGUUCUUAACAGACCUAUUUGAGUCAUCCACAUUGGCGUACGAUCAGAGAGACGAGUGGUGCGCUAAGUUGAAGUCUGCGCAUGAGAAAGGGAAGGUUGAUCAGAUGGUGCAAAUUCAGGAAAUGAGAGACUUGCAGAAAGCAUUCGACCAUGAGAUGAAGCUUUAUAAUUUUCUAGCAAAGAAAGGUAUCAUGAGAGUCAAUAAGAAGGAAGAGGAAAGAGAAGAAACUGAAAAGAAAAAAGAAGAAGAAGACGUCGAAAGAGAUUUGGAAGCGCAUGCUAAAAUAUUUAGCGACAUUAAUGAAUACACUGAAGAGUACGAUGUGAAUAAAAUAAUAGAACAAUUCGAGCGUGUGGAACAAGAAAACUUCUCUGUAUACCAGUUGCUGAACGAAUACUGCGCUGAAAACGAAAUAUUAAAGAGAGGCUUGGAAAAAUUAAAGCAAGAUAUAGUGGACAGGAGAGACUGGAAUGAGAUGAUGGAAGAAAAAAGGCAGAAGAAAUUGCAAGAACUACAAGAGAAAUUGGAGAAGCAGAGGUUAGCCACAGAAGAGAAGAAGAAUCGACUGGCUGGGAACGUGAUACUGUUGAAUGAAACUAUGGAGAAAGUUAAUGAACUAUUCAAGAUGCUUGAUUGCUCGCUGGAGCCCUACCAGAACCUGCUGGGAGACAAACAGCCAACACUCAACCAAGUCAACCUAACGUUCAGACUCAUGACUGAAAAGAUAAAAGAAUUGGUGCAGCUCAUCUAUUACUGCGAGCGGCACUCCCAAAAGAAAGGCGAUACGAGCAGCUCUCGUCUUAAGAAGUACACAGUCAGACCAGAGCCAGCAGAGAUUUGGUCUGCAACGCCAAUCAACGUGCUGGUACCCGCGGACCCUUGUCCAGCUUGCAUAGAAGCCCGUUGGCUGUCACGAGUUAGUGACACUCCUGAAGUGCCGUUCGACAAAGCGAUGGCUGAAGCGGCUCUGAGGGAGUUGGCGGCGGAACCGGCAUUCGUGAGGAGUGACAGGAUCCACCUGUUGACUGAGUGCCGCGUACCCCGCAGUAGAGUCAUACUCGCCAGGCGUUAUAUGCCGUACUAAGGGCGGAGUCAGACUUGUAACACGUCUCGCGAUGCGUGUUGAGUCACUCUUAUCAAUUUGUAGUAGACACACCAGUCAGCCAGUUGCCAAAGUUUCGUGCCUAAAACCUAAGUCACGAGACGCGUGUUGAAUAAUUUACUAGAUGUGUACUACCGUCACUUUGAUUUACGAUUUGAUUUGACUCGACAUACGUCGCGUCGGGCUGUGGAAACCGUUUUGUAAUACGACAUUACGUUAAUUUUAUCAACUCGAUACAAUGAUGACUGCAGUUG